GGUUGAGUAGAAAAAAAUAAUCGCGCGACGCGCGUUUGUUCCUUUGUGAAAAAAUAGUUAAAGAAGUACGUUAUCCAGUAUUUCAGAAAAUAUCAAUGAUCAGAUAUGCUAAUGGCAUAAAAACUGAUCGGACCUACCAUGCAUGAUCUGAAGAGGCAGGAGAUCGAACAAAGAAAGCAGCAAAAGAAAAUGAAUGCAACGAUUAUGAAGAACAAAUAUGCGAAGAUGUUGAAGAAGAUUAUCCCCCUUGCAACAUGCAUUUGAAUUCUGCUGAGCAAGAUGCUGAAGAAGAUUAUUCCCCAUGCAACAUGCAUUUGAAUUCUGCUGAUCAAGAUGUUGUUGCUAAUGAUAAUAGCGAAGGUGAUAAAAAUAAUUCUGAUCAUGAUGAUAAUUAUGCUAAUCAUGAUAAUAAUGUUUAUUCUAACGAACGUGAAAGUGAAUACGAAGAAACAAUUGAAGACUUUUCCGACAGUAACAGCGAAGAUGAUGACAGCGACAACGAAAACUAUCCUUAUGACUUUCCCAUUAACGAAAUUGAAGAGAGUAUGGAAAUUGAUGCAGAUGGAAGUGAAAUUUUCAAUCCACUUUUUGCUAACAAUGAAUUAUAUAAAAUUAUACAUUCCCCUGAAACAUUAAAUAUUAUUUCUACGCCAAUAGUUAUAAGUAAAGGGGAACUUUUAAUGAUUUAUUUAAAGUUUGCAAUUGUAAAUAAUUUAUCUCAUACAGCUGUAGCACUGUUACAUAUUUAGUUGCUUCACUGCAACCAUUUAAAAUUCAAUUAAUAUUCGGCAACACUGCCUAUUAUAUUUUAAUCUCUUUUCGUCGACAAGACUCGCUAUGAGAGGCAAGAUCUUGUUUACGGAUACCUGACACCCUGAUAAGGAACCGUCGGCAGCUCGCUAAUACUCUUUGCUCGGCACCCUUCUUUCAAAUAUAAAAUAUUAUAAAUUAAGUUAAAAAAAAAAAAAGAAAAAAAAAAUGAUAUAUGUCUCUAGAGGGUAACCUUGUGACAGUGUUAUGAAGCCAGAUAGCGAAAAAUAUCACUGUCGCAAGGUUGCACAUCUAUUUUAUCAUCGUUACAUAUGUCUUUUAUUAUUGGAAACAUUGUAACAAUGUUGUGAAGCAUCAUGGCGAAAAUCAACAUAGUUGCAAUAUUAGUCAUCCAUCUCGUUCAAGCACCACGCGUAUUUGCUGCAGCAAUGUUGCGAAGAAAAUGUCGAGAUGCAACAUUGCGCGAACAAGACUACGUUUUAUAAGAAAAAUGAUGUAACGAAUACAAAAGGAAUUAUAUUAAAGAAAAAAAUGAUGUAACGAAUACAAAAGGAAUUAUAUUAAAGAAAAUAUAUAUGUAACAGUAAAUGCAAAAAAAAAAAAAAAAAAGAAAAUAUACAUUCGAACAUAUACAAUUCACCGCUUGUGGUGUAUGUGUGGGGGGACGACCAGCGCAACACAUACGGACACGAAACAGCCGUGCAUAAACUACGGUGCGCUCGUGGGUUCUCGGUUACAAGACUCACACCACCAUGGGACUCGUCGUGCUACGGGCACUAACACACACGCGCAAUGCUUGCCUCUACUCGCUGCCUUAUCUGUGCGUAAAACCUACUUGCUAUCCUCUAUAUGGGUUGUAAUAAUUGCAAUAAAUUAUUACACCAUUUAUAAUGAAAUUGGAUUAUAAUUUUGUUAAAUAAUAUUGUAAUUUAUGUUAUUAAAUUAUAAUUUUGUUAAGUAAAUUAUAAUUUAAUUUAAUUAUUUUAAAAUAAUUUUCAGAAAUGUAUCAUAUUAACAGACCAUUUCCGUUCUCACGGAGCCUGCAUGGGAAUCAAAAAGAUCAGCAAAAUUGCAACUCCCACCGGGCCCAGGAAUUUUCCCCUACUUCCAUCUAAAUUUUCGUUUUCCCCACCUUGACACUGAAGGCAAGGACUAGAGGCUAGUCGCAAAAUCUAAUUAAUUGCAGUACAACUUCUUGACUCUUCCGAGCAACAUCUCCUGGCUCUAGCCUGGUAAGUGUUGCGAGACCUCAAGAACGCCGCGACUUAGCCCGUCUGCGCGUCGGACCCCCGUGUAGAACUUAGAUUAAAAGUAUAACACGAAAGGCGGACGAAAAAUAAAAUAGAAGUCUUCUAACCGACGAAGUCCACGUGAGAGCUGUAGCGGGAGAAAUUCGGUUUAGUAAAUAUAUUUCACUAAACCGAAUUUUGUUUAAUAAAUAACCGGCCAGUCCGUGCGUGUAGCGCCUGCGCCGUUUCGUUGCAGUGGCCCCACAACGCAGUGUUAAAAACAUUUUAUUCGGGUAAACCAAAUAAUUUAACCUGUAAAAUUCGAACAAUAGGUUGUAAAGACAACCAAGUUAAGUGUAAUUAAAAGCGUUCUUGCCCGACGACAACAAGAAUAUCUCUAGCUGACGUCGGUAGUCGUAAGUAAAUUCUGUAUCGUUCAACAUUAACCGCUCUAUUUGUAUUAAACUUUUACAUUCACUUGUUAACCACAAU